AGAGGAGGGGCUUGUAAAUUCCGCCCCUUCCUCAAGCCCUUUCACAGCGGGCAAGGAGGCCCGCCGCCUCCUCCGCUUCAGCAGUCAUGCUGACCGCGGCUUGGCUGUGUCGAGGCGCCUCUUGUAAGUGGAGAGUCCUGAGGGGCGCCAGCCCGGCACGGUCCGUCGCGGCCACCGUAGCAGCGGCAGGGGUCGCGGUGUUCGGCGCGCGCCGCAGCAACUGCCGCUCUCGAGCGUCGCUCGCGGCCUCUUCGUUGGGCGGCCUCGCGGCGCCUCCUCCCCCUUCCUCUUCGGCGUGCGGGAGCAACCGGCAGUUAGUGCGCGUGCGCAAGUGUCGCUCGGACCUGUUGGUCUCCUGUACCUCAGCCGGCGGCUGCCCUUCGUGCUGCUGCUGUGGUGAUGUCGCCUUUCGCGGAGCGGGACAGCCAAGGCGCUCUCGCAGCAGCGAUGAAGGAGCCUCUCGGCCACCGGGAAAGCCCUCGGAGGAGGACGCCGGAAGAACGGACCGACAUGGAUACGCUGAACUGUAUGAAAAUCCCUGGACGGUCCCUAAUUUUCUUUCAAUGGCAAGGAUUGGUCUAGCACCAGUUUUGGGCUACUUGAUUGUUGAAGAAGAUUUCAAUAUUGCAUUGGGUGUGUUUGCUUUGGCUGGCAUCACUGAUUUGUUGGAUGGCUUUAUAGCACGGAACUGGGUCAACCAGAAAUCUGCAUUGGGGAGUGCCUUGGACCCUCUGGCUGAUAAAGUACUUAUUAGUGUCUUGUACGUUAGCCUGACCUAUGCAAAUCUUAUUCCAGUUCCUCUUACAUCUAUGAUCAUUUUAAGGGACAUUGCGUUAAUUGCUGCUGUUUUUUAUGUGCGGUACAGAACGCUUCCUCCACCAAGAACGCUUAGUAGAUAUUUCAAUCCGUGUUACGCCACUGCUCAGUUAAAGCCAACAUUUAUUAGCAAGGGAAACACAGUAGUACAGCUAAUCUUGGUGGCAGCUUCAUUAGCAGCGCCAGUUUUCAACUACGUGGACAGUGUAUAUCUUCAAACAUUAUGGUGCAUCACAGCUUUCACAACAGCAGCGUCUGCAUACAGUUACUAUCAUUAUGGCCGAAAGACAGUUCAGGUACUAAACAACAAAUGAAGUCUUGUGGCGGGACUGCUCAUGACCCAUUGGGCUUACUUUGGAAUGGUGUUGCCUGCAAUAUAUCUGGACUGUGGAUAAAAGAGCAUUCUUUUAAAAUAAUUUUCUCUCAGUGAAACCAUGUCUUCACAACAGAGCUAAUAUGAAGUUAAUAUGAAGUUUUGAUCAUGUAAAUAUGCAGAAUUUUCAAUGUAAUUUUUCAAUUUGUUACAAAUAAAAUAUAAUUUUGUAUGUUAGUAUACUUAAACACA